AAGCAUGGACGUCUUUCCAUUUUUUUAGAAAAGUUUGACUCAGAAAAUUGAAAAUUUUCACCUAAACCAUCCAAUUCUGAGAGCUUUCUCGCGAAGACAAAAAACAAAGCAAAAAACUCUUAAGCUGAACACAUACAUUUCUUUCUUUCUUCCUCUAACCACAUUCUCUUAAGAUGCAUCAACCAACUUCUCAAGAAAAAGAAGAGCAAACCAAGAAAACAAAACUUUCCAGGAGGUAAAGAGAAGCAAAAACCAAAAACAAAUACCUCAUCUCUUCCUCCUUUCUUCUUAAUUCUCUUUCAUUUUCUCUCUAUGCUCACUGAAACCCCCAAGUUGCCGUUUUGUGGCCCCUUGUGUGCUCGAUCAAACGUUUCGUCAAGAAACUGAAGAUGGUUCGUGCGAUGGAGCAGGAGCACGAAGGUUUCAGGGCCAGAUUCCUUCAUCAUUUCAGAGGGAAUCAUGAGAAUACGGGCAGACAUGCCAAGAGCUUGAGCGUGGAGAGCGCCAGUAUUUUGGUGGACUCUGUAGUCGACGAUGAUUUUGCGUCGAGAAGUCAGGGAUCAACGCCGGUGCACAACAGCUCCGCUGAGAAACAGCAUGUUGUUGAGUCCCCACCGCCUCCGCCGCCCCCACAGAUUCAACCUGAGAAGGCUCCAAAGCCGAAGGCAAGCAGGAAGGGAGACGAAGUUGCCACUAACAAGGAAGCAAACAAUACGAUGACCGCAGAAAUGGUACAAAUAAAAGAGAGGUUUGCAAAGUUGCUACUGGGGGAAGACAUGUCUGGGGGAGGGAAGGGUGUUUCCUCAGCCUUGGCAUUGUCUAAUGCAAUCACAAACCUUGCUGCUUCUGUCUUUGGAGAACAAUGGCGUCUCGAGCCAAUGUCAGCAGGAAGAAAAGCGAGAUGGAGAAAGGAAAUCGACUUGCUCUUAUCUGUUACAGAUUACAUUGUGGAGUUUGUUCCAUCACAGCAGAAAUCCAAGGAUGGAACGAAUAUGGAGAUAAUGGUGACCCGGCAACGAAAUGAUUUGCACUUGAAUAUCCCGGCUCUGAAGAAGCUUGAUGCCAUGUUAAUUGGGUGUCUAGAUAACUUCAAAGACCAAAACGAGUUCACUUAUAUAUCAAGAGAUGCCGAUGAAUCGGAGAAAGGAAAUAACAAGAGGAAAGAUGAUAAAUGGUGGCUACCUACACCCAAAGUUCCUCCAAAUGGUUUAUCAGAAGCGUCUAGAAAGUUUAUGCAGCACCAGAAGGAUUGUGUCAACCAGGUCCUAAAAGCAGCCCAGGCUAUAAAUGCUCAAAUCAUAUCAGAAAUGGAGAUCCCUGAGAACUACAUUGAAUCUCUACCUAAAAAUGGAAGGGCAAGCCUAGGGGAUUCCAUCUACAGAAAUAUAACAGUUGAGUUCUUUGAUCCUGAUCAGUUUCUCUCCAGCAUGGACCUAUCAUCAGAGCAUAAAAUACUAGAUCUCAAGAACAGAAUUGAAGCUUCCAUCGUGAUUUGGAGGAGGAAGAUGAACCAGAAAGAUGGAAAAUCUAGUUGGGGUUCAGCAGUGAGCUUGGAAAAGAGAGAACUUUUUGAAGAGAGAGCAGAGACCAUCUUGCUCAUCCUUAAGCACCGCUUCCCUGGGAUCCCACAAUCUUCACUAGACAUCAGCAAAAUUCAGUACAAUGGGGAUGUGGGGCACGCCAUCUUGGAGAGUUACUCCAGAAUACUGGAAAGUUUGGCGUUCACAGUGAUGUCCCGCAUUGAAGACGUACUCCACGCCGAUUACCUAACUCAGAAUCCGCCACAGAGCACACCAAAGAAGAAGCCAGGGAACGAAACUCCAAAGUCGCCGCAGCCAAUAGAAGAGGGAAACCCGGCCACAGAGGCGGCGGGUUCGAUGACACUGCUGGAUUUCAUGGGUUGGGGUCAGGAUCAGAAUGAGGCGGAGGCGAAGAAGGAUUCGUUCGGGAAUUCAGAUGAGCUAUCCGCCGAUGCAGACGCGAAGCAGAAGCUUGGGAAUAUAGUGACGAACAAUACGGGUUCGUACGUGGAAAACCUGGGCGCGGUGAGAAGCCCGACGUCGCGCCAUUGAAGAAGAUGAAGAUAGAGAGAAAUAGAGGGAGAGAGUCGCAGAAGAGAGGGAGUGAAUUUUUCUCCCCCUUUUGGGAUUUUACUAUUUUCCAUAUUUCCUGUGUAAAAUGUAAAUAGGAAGAAUGAAAAAAACUCAAAAUUUUGGGUUUUGUAAUCACAACUCACAAACUCUUGUGUGUUGCGUUCUGUAAACUGUAAACUGUAAACCAAAUUGGCUUUGUAUAAUUUGUAUGUAAUCCUUUUUAGAA